GAUAUAAUUAAUUCAAUUAAUAAUAUUUUAUGGGUUUUUAUGAAUAUUUUUACCAAUGACAAUUAAACUAAUUUUAAUAAUAAUUUAGCAAAAUGUCUAAAACCGAGAUGGCAACACUUAUAUUUUCUCUUUCAUUGUCAGUUUUGUCAAGAUGACGAAAGGUACUUCAAGUUUCGGCAAGCGCCGUAAUAAGACCCACACAUUAUGUAGAAGAUGUGGCAGAUCGUCUUAUCACAUCCAGAAAUCAAAAUGCGCUCAGUGUGGAUACCCUGCAGCCAAAUUGCGGUCUUAUCAUUGGUCAGUAAAAGCCAAACGUAGGAAGACUACAGGAACUGGCCGUAUGCGUCAUCUCAAGAUUGUCAGAAGGCGUUUCCGCAAUGGCUUCAAAGAAGGCAGACCUACUCCCAAAAAGGCUGUAGCAUCUUCGUAGACCUAUUGUUAAAUAAAUACCAUAAAAUUCA